AUGACCUUGACAAAGGAUAAAGAGAACAUUGAGACCAGAUGGGUCAUGUCUUCCCGUGCUGAAUGCGAGACUCUCAUCUCCAUCUACACAGGACCGGUCAAACUAGUUCUCACGAAAAUUCCAAUUUCCAACGAGUACAAUACCCCUCGCUGCAGUUUCGAUAAGGAUAUAGUUGGCGAUUGGUUCAUAAAGCGUAAUAGAAUUACUAUAGAUGAUAAAAUGCAUUUCCCCCCUGCACCGAAUCAAAUGGAUUUCUAUUUUUCCUGUCAGCAAACAAAUGGAACUCGAUAUCUUCUGUCACAAACAGUAUUUGGUAAAUGUGAUGUGAACUAUGUGUGUAUGGACAUUGAACCAAGAAAUGAACGCUUUCUUCAACUUAAAGUUGGUGUUCCAUUCCGAGUGGAUCUCCGCGAGUUAGAGGACCCAGGACUUCUGUUUCGAGCUAAUUGUGAAACCCUUGCGGAUACAUCCGACAUCCUGCUUGAUAAAUACCCUAUUUCUAUUUAAGAUCUCAGUAAAAAGUUGAUCAUG